CAUUCUCUUCCCGCUCAAAGCUUUCUCGGAAUGGAGAUCUCUGACUCUGAACUCGUCGAAUCGUUCAAGCACUUCCUUCUUCGCUACCACUGCGAAGACAUUCGUUCCAUCGUUCUCUCUCAAGAUCCAAUGCUUCACUACCCUCUCCAUAUAGAUUUUGCAGAGCUCACACAAGAUAAUCCUCCGCUCUCACAUCUCCUCUUCUCUCAACCCACACACUUCUUGCCUCUUUUCGACAAAGCGGCUUAUCUGGUUCAGAAAGAUGUCUUCGUUGAUCUUAAGGGUUGGGACGAUGCAAGUGUCAAGGAAUUCGUGCACGUCCGCAUCAAUAUCAGUGGUUCACCUUUGGAAUUUCCUGAGACCUUCCCGAGCAUUGGACGUGUGAGAGUGAAGCACCGGGGGAUUCUUCUCACUCUCAAAGGCACUGUCAUCAGGUCUGGGUCGGUCAAAAUGAUAGAAGGAGAGCGGAAAUACAUGUGCCGAAAAUGCAAGUUCAGGUUUGAUGUUCAUCCUGAACUGGAAAGUGGAAAUGCCAUAAGACUUCCAUCAGCUUGCCCUUCAAAGGGGGCUAGAUCAUGUGAAGGCACAAGUUUCGAAUUUAUAGAAGGAAGUAUUGUUUGCCAUGACUAUCAGGAAAUCAAAAUUCAAGAAAGCACACAGGUUCUGGGGGUUGGAUCUAUACCUCGUUCAAUUACUGUUGUUUUGAAGGAUGAUUUAGUUGACCUCGUCAAAGCUGGAGAUAAUGUAAUUGUUACAGGGGUUUUGACUGCAAAGUGGUCCUCAGAUUUAAAGGAUGUCCGCUGUGAUCUUGAUCCAAUAUUAGUUGCAAAUCAUGUUAGGAGAACAAAUGAACUAAAAUCGGAGAUAGAUAUACCUGAUGAUGUUGUCAAGAAAUUCAAGCAAUUUUGGACAGAAUUCAGAGAUACCCCAUUGAAAGGAAGAAAUGCCAUUCUCCGGGGUAUUUGUCCACAAGUUUUUGGACUCUUCACGGUAAAGCUCGCAGUUUCCUUAACUCUGAUUGGAGGUGUACAACAUGUUGAUGCUUCUGGUACAAAGGUUCGUGGAGAGUCUCACUUGCUUCUGGUUGGUGAUCCUGGUACUGGGAAGUCUCAGUUUUUGAAGUUUGCUGCUAAACUGAGCAACCGGUCUGUUAUUACUACUGGAUUGGGAAGCACUGCUGCUGGAUUAACUGUAACUGCGGUCAAAGAUGGAGGGGAAUGGAUGCUAGAGGCUGGGGCGCUUGUUUUGGCUGAUGGUGGGCUUUGUUGCAUAGAUGAAGUUGAUAGCAUGCGAGAACAUGACAGGGCAACCAUACAUGAAGCCAUGGAACAACAAACUAUUAGCAUUGCAAAGGCUGGUCUUGUAACAACUCUUAGUACCAGGACAGUUGUCUUUGGGGCAACAAACCCAAAAGGGCAGUAUGAUCCUAGUCAACCAUUGUCUGUGAAUACUACCCUUUCUGGACCCUUACUCAGCAGAUUUGAUAUAGUCCUUGUCCUAUUGGACACAAAAAACCCAGAAUGGGAUGCAAUUGUUUCAUCUCACAUUCUUGCUGAGCAAGAACCUGAUAGAGGCAAGAGUGAUGAUGACCUAACAAAUAUCUGGCCACUACCCAUGCUCAGAAGGUACAUUCACUUUGUAAAAAGACACUUCAAACCUGUCCUGACCAAGGACGCAGAAAGAGUUAUUUCUAGCUAUUAUCAACUCCAAAGAAGAUCAGCAACAGAGAAUGCAGCAAGGACAACUGUACGCAUGCUUGAAAGUUUGAUACGCCUAGCCCAGGCACAUGCAAGACUCAUGUUCAGAAACGAGGUGACUCGAUUAGAUGCCAUAGCUGCCAUUUUGUGCAUUGAAUCAUCCAUGACAACUUCUGCUAUAGUGGACACUGCUGGGAAUGCCCUCCAUUCCAAUUUCACUGAAAACCCAGAUCAGGAAUAUGCCAGGCAAGAAAAGCUGAUCCUUGAAAAGCUGAAGUCAAUUGAUGAAUUUCCUGACAUAACUAGCAUGGAGGAAUCAAUUUGCAGAUGAGAUGUCCAUGCAAGUUUAGGUUUACGUUGGACUUUAUAUGAUAAGGAUUAACAACAAUGCUGGUGCUGUUAAAAGCUGAAUGUUGGUCUGAAAUAGCUUGCAGUGGAAGCUAGUUGGGUACGGCGAGAUUUGAGUGAUCCAUAAUAGCAAGGACAUGCAGUCUUCCUCAGAGUCACUCUUUAUAUAUGGAGAUUUGCUUUCGAAGUGAUUAAGAAGUGCUCUCAACCCGGGUGUAAUGAAGGAAAGAAAAUGGCCCAAUCUGCAGAGGGAUCCAUAUUUUUUCUUUCUUUAUAUAUGAAAGCUGAUACGUAAUGCAUCAAAGUCUCACAAACUGCUAACUGGGUUGCAUGGGUAGGGAAUGAGGACCGACCAUCUACAUUAAAGGAGAAUAUUUAGGUGUCCAAUCUUAGGAAAGGUUCUCAAAGCUGGUGCAGGUAGGUGGACCCUGUGACUAAUUAUAGAAUGCUUUCUCAAUUCAUGAAAUGAGUAAUGUAAAGAAUAAUAUCAUCCACUUGGGACUCACAUGGAUCAUAAAAACACAGAGUGCUAGUGUGAGACGCACAUCAUAUUAUGUGAGAGGGUGCAUGCUGGAAUCUGCACUCUAUGUUGUGCACUUGUAUUAUUGCUACAACAAAAGAGAUUAAUAUCAACCUUUUUUUUAGCAAUGGAAAGGAAAAACCGUCCCUAAAAGUA